UAAGAAUUAGUCUGCGUACCUUGAUAAAUGCUCAAACAAUGCGAAAAUAUAUAGUACAGUACAAGUUACUCGUAUGUAUAUCAGGUGAUUUAUUUGUUUUGAAGAAGUUAAUGCAAGAUGUACAAGUGUCUGGUAAUUGUACUUGUUACAUUGUCGGCGGAGGCAUUGAUCAUCACUGUAGAUCAAGGAACACUAAACGGAACUUAUUUGACCACACGUAGAGGUAAAUUAUUCAACGCUUUCUAUGGUAUUCCUUUCGCCCAGCCUCCCGUGGGUGAAUUGAGAUUCAAGUCCCCUAAAGAAGCAAAACCAUGGACUGGAGUUCUGGAUGCAUCUGCAGUUCCAACUGGCUGUGUGGAAACUGACUGGGAUGUCAAUGCACCUGUACUCGGUAGUGAAGAUUGUUUGAAUUUGAACGUUUACACUCCUUUGAAUGCUCGGAAAGGCGAUAAUAUAUCAGUAGUGGUGUAUAUAUUUGGAGGUGGGUUCAAAGGGUUCACAAAUAUGGAAUUUGGACCCCAAUAUAUUCUAGAGAGGGACGUUAUUCUCGUAAUACCGAAUUACAGAUUAGGAGCCUUAGGAUUUAUGACUACUGGAGAUUCGGUAAUACCAGGAAACUAUCAGCUGAAGGAUCAAACAAUGGCAAUGAAAUGGGUUCAAAAGAAUAUACAUCAUUUUGGAGGAGAUCCAAAUAGCGUUACUUUACAAGGUCAUAGUGCCGCUUCCAUAUGCGUCCAUUUGCAUACCGUGUCGCCUCUCAGCAAAGGAUUAUUUCAUAAAGUAAUCAUGCAAAGUGGUGCCUCGAUGAGUGGGUUUUGGGGACCUGAUGUAAUACGUGGGAUCGUCAAAGAAUUUGCUACUAAAGCUGGAUGUCCUGAUAUUACCAGCUCUAAAAGUAUACUCAGCUGUUUGAUGUCCUUGGAUGCAAAAACGUUUCCAAAAAUUGAACAAACUAUGUAUGUUUGGGAUUCUAAUCCACUGUCAGUUUUCAAACCCAGCAUCGAGGAUGAAAAUUCCGAAGAACCAUUUAUCACCAAAUCACCGAGUACUGCUGAUUAUCAUAAUCCUCAUAUGCCUUGGAUCAUUGGUUUAACCACCGGAGAAGCUUCCUAUAAAGUUGCUCAUUAUUUGAGUAAUGGUGGAGAAUUGGCGGCUGAAAUUGAUCAGUAUUACAAAAUAUUGUUUCCUAUCACUUUAUCGUAUUUAUGGAGCACGAAAUUGAUACAUUUGAAUUAUAUUUCUCAAACACUUCGAGCUCAUUAUUUUGGCGAUCGUAAAAUAGGCGCUGAAACAGCUCAUGAAAUGACCCAGUUCUAUACACACGGCAUGUUCGGUGUACCAAUAAUUGAAGUGAUACGAAGUUAUCCAGGCCCAAAAUACGUGUAUUGGUAUGAUUACAAGUCAAAUUACUCGAGACAAAAUCUCGAUGGUUAUUACGAAGAAGAUCUUGGAGUGGCGCAUGGAGAAGAAGUAUACUUACUUUUUUACACAGCUGUAUCUGAUAAUGCACUCACUCUAGCAGAUCAAAUGUUUAGCGAAGAAUUGGUCAAGAGAUGGACGAAUUUCAUGAAAACUGGGAAUCCAAAUUUUCCCAUCGGAAUAAACACAGAUAUCACAGGAUUUUGGGAACCUAUGGUGACUAACAGAAUUGAAUAUCUUCGUAUUGAGUUGAAUGGUACGAUGGAAACUGAUUUAUACAAAGGAAUCUCCGAGUUUUGGAAUAGCCUACCAUUUGGAAGCAAAUAUGAAGACUGGUUUUAAAAAAAUAAUUGUUUUGUUAUACAACUACUAAUUAUGAAUAGACUAAUGAAUGAAUAAAAACGAAUUCUGCAGUAGCUCAAAA